AUGGCGGUGCCAUGGUGUAUAGAGAACUGGUCGCUGACGUUCGAGGACUGCAAGGGUGUGCGUGCUCUGCUGGAGAACCUGGCCGUGGCGUUACAGGAGUGCGACAUGUGCAUGGACCGGGGCCUCCGGGACCAGCUGUGGGCGGUCACGGGGGAGAAAGCCGUGCCCCCGCGCCUCUUCGUGCGGGGCCGCGACGUCGGCGGCGCGGCCCAGGUGCUCGCGCUCCACGAGGAGGGCUGCCUCGUCCCCAUGCUGCUGCCGUUGGUGCUGGCGCUCGACGAGAAGCCCCCCGCCGCCGGGGGCGGCGGCAAGUGCGAGGCGUGCGGGGGCCUGAGGUUCCUGGUGUGCGACCGCAGUAGUAAGGUGUUCGACGGCGGGCGCGGCGGCGGCGCGCGUGGUGCCGCGGGUGCAACGAGAACGGCGAAGGGCCGGCAGGGCGGCGAGUCGCGGGAGGCACGGCGAGGAGUCGCGGGAGGCGCGACGGGGACGACGGCAAUCCGAAACGAACAGAUGUGA